GGGGGCGGUGCUGCCGCGCUCAGUCUCCUGGCCCCUGGCCCGAGAGGAAGAUGUGGGAACCAGAGUUAAUGCCCUGUGAUGAAUUAUGCCACUGCCCUUAAUCGGCCGCUGGCGCUGGGGAAGCAUUUUUGUAGCCAGAAUCCCAGACCUUUAGCUUUGUUCCGCUGCAGGCCUGAACCACCAGGGAAACCGCGAGCUUGCUUUCUGCAUCUUAGGACCCUGCAAGCAUUCUUUGCCUAUUUCACUCUGAAACUUGCCCACGAAAUGCUGCCGCUUACAGUGUAAAGCAUGCCAAGUGAAAUGAAGUGGGAAGGGUGGAAACGCGCUUUCCAGGCAGCAGCUUGGGGCCAGGCAUCUUGGAGGGUUCCUUUUUACCGUCCAGAGGGACAAAGCAGAAGGAAGACCAAACUAUUGAGGGGGGUUGGCAAAGAACCUUCUCUACAUCUAAAAUAAAGCCAGCCUGGGGUAUAAGUCAUUUAUUGUGAGAGCCUGUGUACUCUGGCUAAAAAGGCAUACACGCUUAUGAAAAGUAAUACAGCAGAGUUUCAGGAAGAAAAAAGUCUUCUAUCCUACCUCUUGUCUAUUUUACAAAGUUCCGGGGGUGAGGAGUCCUUUCCAAAUAUAAGAGGAAUAAAGAAGUCACUUCCCCAGCUGUCAUCAUCUGCCAACACAUUGAGCAAGAAUAUUUCAAGCACUACAGAAAAGACAGUCCAUCAAACCCUAGAAGAUGAUCGGCCAUCUGAUUUUUUCAAGAAAGGGAAUAGGGUGACGAAAUCUCAUCAGAAAAGCAGCAAUAUGAAUGCUGGCCCAUCUUGGAAUAAAGUACAACGUCCAAAAAACCCUUCAGGAAAAAGGCAGAGUCAGUCCCAAGGGCCCCACGUGUCCUCCCAGCCUCCUGCGGAUGGACUCCAGGAAAGCGGUUCCCCAGAAGGAAAACCCGAAAGGAGCCCACUGGGCCCCCGGCGGCGGGGCGCCUCGGGGAACGAGCUGUUUCUGGACCUGCCCUGCAUGAAAAUCCUGAAGGAGGGUGCGGCCGAGGACGAGGACAGCGCCAGCGACCUGUCGGACUCGGAGCGGGUGCCCGGGCCGCCGUCCUCGCGCGCGCCCCCCGAGCUGCACCUGCGCGCGGAGGAGAUCGACGGCGCGGACCCGGGUCGGGACCCCGACGCGGAGCCGCAGGGCAGCGCGCAGCCCGCCUACCCAUAUGCGGACCUCCUGCCCGCCCCGUUCAGCUCCUGGGACCUCCGUGACCUGGCUCUGCCGCCCGGCGCCGAGCCCAGGCCCGCAGCUCGGAGCGGCGCCGCGGGGCUGCUGGCCAGGUACGUCGACAGGCUGGCCCAGCUCGAGUGGCUGCAGAUACAGACCGUCCAGGGCGAGAAGGGGAAGGGCGCCAGAGCCAGGCCUCCCACCGCCCCCCGCUUGCCCACGUCUGGGACCCUGAAAAGCCCCGGCAGAAGCAGGCUAGGGGCCAGUGCUCCCGCCAGGCCUCCCCAGGAGGGGGCUUGCAAAUGGGGCGCUUCCGGCGCUUCCCGGAGGAAGGAGCUGCCCCGCGAGGAAGCCAGGCCCUCCUACUACGCGCUUGACACGGCCCCCCAAACCCUCCACGUGCGACGGGGCAGCAGGCCGAGUUCUCGGAAGCCAGCCCUCGACGUGACGGCCGAGGAGCAGAGGAAGAAAGCGAGUAAGAGCCCCAGACUCCAGCGCGGGGACCUGCCCUGCGGUGAUGGCGGUGGCCCUGGAGCUCCCACGCAGGGGGUGCCCGCUCGGGACUCCGCCGACCCCGGUGGGCCCCCCAGGCCGCAGGCACACGUGGGCCUGCAGAAGAAGGGCGGUGCCAGCAGGUGCACCCACGCCACCGUAUCCAGCGAGAAGAAACCCAAAGCCAAUGGAGUAAAGCAAAGCACAUGCAAAUUCAAGUAAGAACCGAAAUGAUGCACUGCAAAGCCCUGCCGAUGGCUAAACGUCAGAGUUCUUCCGAAAGUUAGCAUACUGUGGAUUUCUGAUGACCCACACGUGAGUCGUCGAGGGGUCCCGUGGGGGCAACCCCACCUCACCCCAGCCACACUGGGCUUCUUUCCAAAGAAAGGUGGCUUUCAAUGAGCCUUUCUUUGUGUUGACCAUCUUAAGCAAAUGAGAGCCCUUUAGAUAACACUUAACCAGGUCUGCGCCAUAUAACGACAUACAACGACGGGGGAGACAGGUGUAAACUGGACGUAGCAGCCAGCCCCGCACCCCGGCCCGCGGCGCCGUCCAGCUCCCCACUCGCCGCGCACCUACAGGUAGAAAGUAGUGCAUACCGCUUUCAACUGCGUAGACUCUGAAACGUUUGAAAUAGGGUUCUUGGUGUCCUCCUCCUAAACUGUCUGAACAGAAGUUCUGUCUACUUCAGGCCCAGGAAAGGCUCCAGCCCUUCCACAGGCUCAGGAGCCUCUCCUAGGAGCAAAGUCAUGAACACUGAGCUGCUUGUUCUUUCCAGACAAUGGAAUCUAAUACUUUCAUAGUUUGGGGUCUUUUUUUUUUUUUUUUUUUUUAAGGCAUUUUAAACUCAGAGGUGGUGGUGGAGUGCACCUUUGUGUUCUCUACCCCGAGGUUAGAGCGGUGCCCAGACUUGGUCCAGGUGUGAGUCCGUGGGUCUCAGCAGGACUGUUCCUGCCUGGUAGGAGCCCAAAGUGGAAUAUUUGGCCCCCGAGUGUUUCUGGCGUAGGUAUGCCUUCUGGAAAAGGUGUGCGGUAAAGUCACAAUGUGGAGCGUGUACAGGGAAUGCCUGCCACCAUGGAUAGACGUGAAAGCACUGUGACCACCACAGGCAUCCCAUCCUGACUUGGGACCUGGGUCCUGCUGUCUGUAGCCGACGUAAUCUGUUUUACUUUGCAAGAGCAGGACUUUAUCACCUUGCUUCAGGGCAGAGGGGUGAGGACACAUUUCCAGAUGGAGCAGGGAGUGUCUUCUUAACAUCCUUCCCGGGUCCCCUGGCUCCCUCGCUCUUCUAGAUGCUUCUUAUUUAACUGCCACUAAGCCAGGUCUGUGUGUGCCUCUCUUUAAAACCUUUGGUUGACUUCUGGAUGUACGGUAUGUUUUAAUGACUGUGGCCGAUUUUCUCUCUUUAAAUGAGUAUUUGUUUUCAUCCAUACAUGUUUCUAUUUUUUCACCUUUAGGGCAAAUUAAGAACUUGGCACUUUUCCUUUGGAAGUGUGUACCAGCUCGCAGACUCCCCCGAACAGCCCAUGUCAUCCAAAGCCCUUCAGUUAGUAGGAUAACGACCAGAGACAUUUGUAAAUGAAAUAAUGCGCACAAGUUAAAUGUUAAGAUCCCGUUUUAAAAUCAGACUUUACUAAUAUAAAACAACAUACACAGAUUUUUAGGGCCGCUUUCUUUUCUCCCACGACUUGACUUCUAGAUCUUCACAGAUUCUGUCUUACGUUCUUUACCUUUCACACCCCUCCAUGGGAGACAGCAUGCUGUUACACGAAGAUCUUGUAGCUUUAUUAUGUGGGCGAAGACGCCCAUCUAGUGGGCCUUACUUCCCCAGUUCUCAGUUAUAUUGUAACUUUUCUACUCAGUAUAUGCACUGCAGUUUGAAACCCUCGCACUGCUCUGACUUCACCCUUCUGUGGUUGCUGCGUGGCGUCGCCUGUGCCCUUUGCCUGCACUCCUUGUGAGCUCAGGGGGACUAGUCCUUUGUACCCAGCCGGCGCUACCCCUCAUUCAUGAUGCUUUCUCAGCUACCAUGUUUACGCAGCUCUUUAGAACAUUUCAGGGCUGAUAAAUCUCCGUAAGCGCAUCAUACACAUACACAUACUCCCAUUAUUAACACUAAGGGGUUUCGGUGAGCUGCUGCCUUCUCCAGGAAUGCUGUGUGUGGGUCCCCUUGGAGGCCCUGCUGGGUGAAGGCCCCGUGUUCACUUUGCCUUGUGGACGUCUGAGCCAAAGACCAUCCUGAUUAGGAAAUUGAGAGGCGGUGCCUCGGAUGCCACAUUUGUUCCUUGCUCUCUGAAUUGAAGUCGGUUGCCUAAUUUGGGGAACAGUUAUAAUGCCACAUGUUACGACAGUUUGAAAAGCCUGAAAAAGUGACUUUGCCUCAGGUUGACGGUUUAUUUUAACCAGGAUUCUUGCGAUUGGAUCAGAGCUCCUGAUGAACAGCAGGGGCUCACUAGAGAACAUAAGCACAAUUUCAUUCCCACGGUUUCCGAUCCCCACCCCUGACACAGCCUCCUGUUCUAAAUGCUGCAGACAAGAAUCCCACCGCUUUCCCGCAGACAGCGCCCAUGUCUUGCUAGUCUGGGGACACGUCAUUGUCUUCAGAGAAGUGCCUCUCAUUUGUGGGAGUUGUUGACAUACAUGUUGUGUUUAAACCAACUAAAAUAAUCCAAGGUUUAAAAAAAAAAGUGUAGAGAAAGUUAAGAGCUACUGAAGGUUUAGAAUCAGUUAAUGGAAAAAGUUGUAAAAACAUACAAGAACAAACUGCAAAAACCUAUCAGUAUUAGCUACAGUUCUUUAGUUUGAGACUACUUCUCAACUCCUUAAGGACCACACUGGCUGAAGGUUCGUAACUGACCAGCAGGGCAGGGUGGGUGCCUGUGUUGACAAAGAUCGCUGGUCUCACAGCAGCUACAGGCUGAAAGGAGGAAGGCUUGUCCUGGUUCUUAAGCCAGUAGGCUAGUUUACCGAAAGACGGAACAAUCUCCACCUUCCGUGAUCUAAAUACUGUCUAUUUCCUCUUUAUGCUCACUUACUUAAGUAGUUAAAAAUAGAAAACUCUUGACGGUAUUGUGUUUCAAGGUAACAGAGAACCAGUAUUUAUGGUUUAUUUAUGUCCGUGUACUGAGGUCCAUUUCACACGGCCUGACCCGAUCGAGCAUGUUUGCUAUUUGCUGUUAAAUUAUUGUAUGCUUGGUUUUGUACAUAAUAAAACAAAACACGUCUAA